AUGUCGUCGUUCGGGGCCGCUCGCCGCGCGGACGUCUUUACCCUGGACAGCUUCGGCGCAGGCUUCGACCUGGAUGAGUUCAUCGGCCGCCUGUGCCGCGACUUCCUGAGCGAUUCGGACCUCGGCAGCGGCUCGUCGGGCCGCCUGCGGUCGCCGGGCGGCGCCAUGAAGGCCAGCGAGGCGCGGCAAAGGGUGGCGGGGCUCUUGGCUCACAUUGAGAGGUAUGGGUCCAGGGUGCGCACACUGCAUGAUGACGUCCUGUCACAAGUUCAGGAGUCGCAGCAGAAGCUUGAGAGCGAACAACAAGAAGUGAAGGGUGUCUUGGGUGUUGUUGAAGAGGAGCUGGAUAAGCUGAGGGAUGGCUUUCACGACCUGGAUAGGAAGGUUGCCAAUUUCGGCCGAACUACAGCAACGAUAGGAGAGAGGUUAAAGAGGUCACAUGAACGCCAGAGCCAGGCCCGUCAUGCACUGCAGCUAAUUGAGCACCUGAAUGCCUUCAGCAACCUCCCUGCUGGGAGCGAUUUGAGCAGCCUCCCAGCACUGUUCACCGAUGAAGCCCGGAUGCCAGAAGCCGCUGCCACAGCUCAGCAGCUACUGUCCUUGACUUCAGACCUCCGAACAGCCAAACAACAUGCGGGGGUGACCGACAAGGAAGAUUCUGGGCUGGGAACCCUGGACAAUGCUGUGUCCAGACUGGAGUCGUACUGCAACCAGCUGGAAGCCCGUGUGGUGCACAACUUCGAUGAGGCCGCUGAAUUCUGCAACCAGAUUGAGAUGGCCAAGUGCGCCUUCAUCAUGGCAGAACUUCAUCGGGAGGCCGCUCUUGCACAGAGGUACAUUUCUUCCCGUGACAUGUUCAUGAACCCCAAGGAGCUGAGAUUUGGCGAGUCAACUCCCUUCCAGUCGAGUGCUGCUGCCAUGAACGACCUGCAGGCCAUGUAUCGAGACAUCCUGACAGUGGCUAAACAGGAGGCCCAGGUCAUUGACGUUGUGUUUCCAAACCCUGGCAUGGUGAUGAAGAUGUUCUUGAUACGGGUGAUGGAGCAGCAGGCACGAUCUGCUCUCGAUCGAAUCCUCUUGGCCCCUGUGGCAGACUGUGACCCUGCUGAAUUGAGGAGCUACCUAAGAUUGGUUGCAGAUGUCUAUGAGAAGACUCACACUCUGGCAGUCAACCUAGAGCGCAGCACGAAACAACAGUUGGAUUUGGUGGACCUGGCGGACAGUCUAUUUGCGGACUACCUUGGAGAGUACCCAGAGAUAGAGCUAAAAUGGAUGGCAGGGAUGUAUGAAAGGCAGGAAGCCAAUGAUGAAGCUGGUGCUCUGAAUUUGGACAUGAUCAACACAUUCAUUGAAUGGAACAAAGAGGCGCUUGCCCACUGUCGUAUUUUGGUCCCCAGCCCGCAGAUUCCUCACCAUGUCCGGCAGCUCUUCCACUCCAGCACAUACUACCACGCCAACAUGGGCUGUCUGCUGGAGCAGAUUGCCAGGCACACGAUGAGGGGCAUGGAGAAGGCACUUGACGACUGUGAAAUUGGGUGUUCUACACCUUUCUCUUCCUCCUCCCUGGGUGACGCAGCCGCAAAGAGUGUCACCGAAGCGGCGGGCAGAGCGGUGGAACGAGGGGUGGGCAACGUGCUGAAGGCAGUGGCGACAAUCAGUAGCAUUCUGCAGAACCUGAAGGAAUACUACACGGCAAUAAUCAUGCCACUGGUGAUGCCAUCCAUUGCCGAGGUGUCUGCCUGUCGAGCUGGAAUGGCUGCCUUGGUUAAGGCUGUUGAGGAGCGGCUGCUUCUCAACCUAAACCAGGGACUCAAGCAUUUUUUUGCUCAGAUGGACAAGGGUCUAGUGAACGAGCAGCGCAGGGCAGAAUUUCGGCCAUAUGGGGUUGUUGCCUCGGGUCUGGACCAGCCAACAAAGGCCUGCAGGCUGGCUGCAGAAUUGUGCCGUGCGCUGGGGAGGGCUGCAAAAGCCACUUUGGAAGGGACGAACCUAGAGUCGUUCUUGAGCGAGGCCGGAUGCCAAAUGCACGAAACCCUUCUGAACCACUUGACGCGCUUCACCAUAUCCCCCAUGGGUGCCCUCAAGCUAAAGCGGGACAUGGCGGAGUACGUCGGAGCAGUGCGCACCUUUGGCCUGCAGCCGCUGGAGCAGCUGUUCGAGCACCUCCAACAGCUGGCCAACGUGUUCAUUGUGGCGCCGGAGAGCCUCGUGGCGCUAGUCGAUGGGACCCUCCGCAUGAGCCACAAAGAGGCCAUGAAGUACAUACACCUUCGGGAGGACUUCAGGUCUGCGAGAGUGGAGGGCAGGUCCCUGGCUCAGCUGUUUGCAUCCGACAUCGGGGGCCUGGACUGA